GCAGUCAGCGUUCACAUUCAUCCCAAAGAUGUUUACCAGAGCUACUUCAUGCUACUGCAUCCAAUGAGAUGUUCUCUACAACUGGGUAGCAGUUAUGGCUGGAAAAGUCCAGUGUCCCAAUACUUUUGUUUAAAUAUCAUAUAUAGUACACUGUUUUGUAGACCUGUGACCUUCACACCCACACCAGGUUCUUUCCUAAACUCAUAAGGUGGAAGCACAGAAGAGUCUAAAAUGCCUUGUUGUAGGAAAGUUUCCCUUCCCAGGAAUGCCAACUCUAACCACCACAAUUCCCUUGUGUACAAAGAGAAGUUAUAAAGUCACAUUUUUCCCCCGAGGCUGGUGUGGAAAAACUUGCAUGACACAAUAUGAAAUGGUUCUGCACACUAAAUGUGGGGCAGACCUUUUCACCCAACAUUAGAGCCUGGUUUCUGAUGCUCUCGUAGCUGAAAGAACGCAGAUCUCACAGACGCCUCAGAAUCAAAUCCUUUCCCAAAGAGUGGAUAUUAUAAUAAAGGCAGAUCUGGAAUGGGAUGUUUAGGAAGCACACAUGGUUGAUGAACAUGUCUCUGAAUAAAAUUGAAGGUAAAGAAAGAUAAGCUUCUUAAAAGCACUAUAAUGAUUGUGGACUCAUUUUCCCCUCUGCCAUUCAUGUUGCCCCUGAUAAUACAGAUCCCUCUGUCACCCUGUCACCACUGUCUCCUCUUUUUCUCCUGCCACCAUUUAGCUCUGAAUCUUAACUACAUUUAUUUGUUUAAAUCCAAAAUAAUAAUAAUCCCAAUGGUUUCAUUAAGACAUUCCUCGGAGAGGUGUGUCGGACAACUUUCCAUUUCCUAACACUUUUUUUUUGUUGUUUUACAAACAUCAUGCUGACAUUAGAAUAAAUAAGAGAAGUGAAAAAAUAUCCAAUCGUACGUACUGUAGACCAAAGUCCCCACUUCCUUUCUCUGGGGGCUUCCCCAAUCUGUGGUCUGAUAUGUAUAAAAGAGCAGGUUGACUCUCUAAUGAACCACAAACAGUGAGAUCUCCUCAUCUACAGUAAUCUCUUCAUCAGUCCUUCAGCUGAAGAUCUCGAGCAAGAAAGCAAGAUGUCGGCCUGCCGUUUGAUCGUCCUGUCCGCCGUGGUGCUGGUGCUGCUGAGCGCCGUCACGUUCACCGAAGGGAUGCGUUACAAGGCCACGGCAAACGUCUGCUGUUACUCCUUCAAUCAGCGUCCACUGAGAGCCAACAUGGUGACCAGCUACAGCCUGACCAGCCCGCAGUGCUCCAAACAGGCCAUACUGUUCAAAACCAAGAAGGGAAAGGAAGUGUGUGCCAAUCCCACUGACGCCUGGGUGAAGGGGCUCAUCAAGCUUUUGGACAACAAGUCAGGAAGCCAGGGAUCUAUCUAAUCCCCUGACCUUCAUCCUCCAGAUCAUCGUCAUCAUGAUCGAAUUCAGUGAGAAGAUCUUUCCAGAUCUGGCCUCCGAAACGCCGCUAACAAUUUACCACAAAAAAGCUACUUAUUCCGAAAAUGAAUGUCUUUAAAAGAAUGUAGGAGACUGAAUGUUUCUCUGUGUGUGUUUAGGGGGGGGAAUUUGUUUAUUUUAUUGUGACUCACUAAUUUUAUCUUUAUUUCUACUUUAUUACUGACUUUAUCACUUAUAUUAUUAAGUGCUGAGGAAGUAGUAUCAAUAAAUAUGAUUCAAAAA